AUGGCGGGAGAUAAGGAUAGAGGUCGAAGUCGUAGACAAGGUAGGGGUCAUGUUGGACAGGCAGGGAGGGGUGGUCAUCGAUAUAAAGCUAGAGAUAGAGAGAGAUGCAAGCAUGAUGAUGAUGACAGUGUUGACGAAGAUGGUGAUGGUGGGGAUGAUGAUGGGGAUGAUAGAGGGCAUCGUGGCGGAGAUGAGGGUUGGAUGGGGGUUGGACUUGGAGGAGGUAAGCAUGGUGGCAGUGGUAGAGGAUCACUUCGUGGAGACUGGUAUGGUUUUGGUGUAGGUGAUGAUACCGGCAAGGGUGGCGGUGGAAAUGGUGGAAGGGGAUUCAAGGAUGUACAUGACAGCUAG